AUUUUAUAUCAAUACGUUAAAUAAGCGAAAUUAAACGCAUCCCCACUGAAACUGUGUGUGUAUGUGCGAUUUGUUUAGUAGUGUGCGGUAACUUGCAAUACGAAAAAAAAUAAAGAAAUAUGGAUUUCAACUUUGCCGAUUUGAAAAAGGAAGCUGCUGCAACAACUGAGGACAUCUUGAGCAACGCCAGCAACAAGGCAAAAAAUGCGUAUGAUGAUUUAACUGGCCAUCUAAGCAGUGGCGACGCCAAUCCCCACCCCAACCCCGCUAAUGUGAGUGGUGGGGCGCAGGACGACAAUGCGCACACCGAACAUUAUUUUGCCAACGAGCAGAAAAAUUUGGAUUUCGGUGACCCACAAGCGUUCGUGCAGCGCAUGUCGGCAACUGCAAAGGAGGCACAGGAGCAGCUGGAUGCCAAGUUUGCACAGAAAGCUGAUGACUUUGACGAGUUUCUUACGCAAACAGGCGAAAGUGCUAAGCAGGGCAUCAGUGAUCUAACCAGUGACUUUAUGAACGCCGAGCGUGGCUUCGCUGGAAACUCUCAUGUGGCACCAGCUGCGGCGCCAGUUGUGGCACCAGUUGCUGCUCCUGUAGUUGCAGCGGCUCCAGUUGCUGCUCCUGCAGCUGCAGCGGCUCCAAUUGAUGAUGAUAACGAUUGGUUAGGCACUUUUAAUAGCAAGCCCUCAACAGCGCCACUGCAGCCAUUCGCGCCAAGUGCUCCAGUCAAAUCCAAUUAUGAAUAUGAUGAUGAAGACCUUUUGGUCAAGCCAGUUGUUGCUGCUUCCAAUGUGAUCCCCAGCAGGGGCUCAGACACAGAUUCGCCGUCCGUUUCGUACUCACCGUCGCCGGCCAAGAAACCCAUAACUGAUGCGCUUAAGGAACAGGACAAUGAAAAGUUUAUUUCUUCCGAAGAUUUGCUAAGCGACUUUAAGGAGGAGCGCACUGCAACGCCUCCAGUGCAAAUCAAGGCAGCAGCUGCACCUGCAGCUGUUGUCACCGACUUGGAUGCUGAUGAGGAUGAGUUUAAGCCAACAGUAGCGAUUGCACCAACGCCCAAGCCGGAACCAGUGAAGCCAUCCGUGACUAAAGUAGAGCCGUCCAAGCCCAAGACGCCAGCUCCACAACCGAAACAACAACAACAACCACAACAACAACAACAGCAGCCCAAGAUUGUGUCUGUUGAGGAGAUAUUUUACAAGUAUGGACUCGAUGCCUGGUUCAAGCCCGAACGUUUGCACCCACAAGUGGAAUCUCUGAUCUACUGGCGCGAUGUCAAAAAGUCUGGCAUUGUCUUUGGCGCCGGUCUGGUCACGCUGGUGGCCAUCUCCAGCUUCUCCGUGAUUAGUGUGUUUGCAUAUUUGUCGCUGCUGGCGCUGCUCGGCACCGUUGCCUUCAGAAUCUAUAAAUCUGUAAUGCAGGCAGUACAAAAGACAAACGACGGACAUCCCUUCAAAGAAUAUUUGGACUUGGACCUGACACUCUCGCAGGAGAAGAUUCAGCACGUUGCUGGCGUGGCAGUUGCACAUAUCAAUGGCUUUACUGCGGAGCUGAGGCGCCUGUUUCUGGUUGAGGAUCUGAUUGACUCCAUCAAGUUUGGCGUCAUUCUGUGGGUCUUCACCUACAUUGGUGCCUGGUUCAAUGGCAUGACUCUGGUCAUUCUGGCCUUCGUGUCACUGUUCACCUUGCCAAAGGUCUAUGAGAACAACAAGCAAUCAAUCGAUACCUAUUUGGAUUUGGUACGCUCCAAGUUGACAGAAAUCACCGACAAAAUCCGGGUGGCUAUACCUAUUGGCAACAAAAAGCCCGUAGUGGCAGCCGAGUCUGAGAAGGACAAGUAGAUUCAUAACUAAAACAGCAACAGAAACAACAACAAGCUACAUGUUUAUUUAUUUAUUAAGCAUAAUUUGAAUGGUUAAAUAUUCAUCGGGCAUAACAAAUAAAUAAAAUACGGCAAACUGUUUAUAUUUUAAAUUGUAUAACUAUAAUAUACAAUAAGCUUAACAACAACGCCAACAGCAGCAGCAACAACAACCUAACAAAGUAAUUGAAUAACAGACACAACAAAAAAAUCAAGAAAAGUAGUAAUUGUGGCUUUAAGUUUUUAUCAAAGUUUUCAAACCGAACUCUAGAACAUGAAAAUUAAAAAACGAAAAAAAACAUCCACGAACCCUUUUUCGUCAACUGUUGUUUGCUAUUACGAGAGAGAUUUUAAACGACAUACCCAAAUCAAAAAUCAACG